AUGGAACUUCACACGGCCGCACGAAACGGCGACUUGGAGGCGGUUCGACGGAUGAUAGUGGUGGAUGGCGCCGACGUCAACGCUCGCGAUAAGCUGAACCGCACGCCGCUCCAUCUAGCAGCCUGGGCGGGCCACGCUGACGUCAUCACCCUGUUGUGCGCCAGCAAGGCGGCAGUCAACGCAGCAGCCGCGGACGACACGUCAGCGCUCCACUUCGCAGCGCAGAAGGGCCACAUCAGCGCCACGCGUGCGCUGCUGACGGAAGGAGCAAAGCCGGCCGCGGCCACUAGAAAGGGCAUGACUGCCUUGCACUUUGCAGCUUCCAAGAACUUUCCGGAGGUAGUUAGGUUACUGGCUAGGAAGGGGGGCAAGGAGCUAUUAGGUAUGCGGAACAAAAGUGGCGAGAAGGCGGCUGAUUUGGCUGGGAAUGAGGAGAUCAAGAGACUAUUGGAGGGUCUGGAGGAGGAGUUAAUCAGCAGUGGUGGAGGCAAGGGCAAGGAGAAGGGGAAGAAGGAACACUCUGGGGGGGAGGAGAAAGGAGGGGAUGGGACGCACAGGGAAGUAGAAGGGGAGGAAGGGAAGGGCGGGGAGGGAGGAACGGGAAAGGAUGUUGGGGAAGGAGGAGAGGGAGGGGAAGGGGGAGAGGGAGGGAAAGGGGGAGAAGGAGGGAAAGGAGGGGAAGGAGGGGAGGCGAAAGAGGAGGGAGGGGUUGAGAGAAGAGCGGGGAGUGACAGUCAUGAGCAGGAGAGAAGAGAAAGUGCUUUUGGAGUUGGUGAGAUGGCGGGGGACGGGGGGAAGGGAGAAGGGAAGAGAGAAGGGAAGGCAGAAGAUUCGGGAGAGGAGAGGGGAGAAGGGGAGGUGGAAGGGAAGGAGAGGGUUCGUAGGAGACAGGAGGAUGGGGAGAAGGAGGACAGAGGGGCUGACAAGGGAGGAGAAGGGAAGGAGGAAGGGGCGAGGCAAGAGGCAGAGCCUCGGGCAGCUAAAAAACCCAAGAUUGGUUUGUCUCAUCUCAGUGCUGAUGUGGACGAUGCAUGGGAGGAGGAAGCAGCCUGA